CGGCAAAUGUAUUGAAAAAUUGAAGGUUAGAAAUAUUUUUUGAUCAGUUGGUAAACCUGUGUGUUAUGAAAUAAAAAAUUCUUUUGAAAACGCUCCUUUAUUACUGCUGUAGAUAAAUAAUUUCGUCGUGAGUUAAAUGCCAAAAACUGAAUGUCAAAAUUGUUUACAUUUUAAACAUUAAACAAUCAAAUUAUGAAUUGAAUAAUAAUUUAUAUUGUAGUAUUGUUAAGUGAAUUAUUAUAGUGUGGAGUUAAUUGGUAAAAAAACAACGAAUCAAAUAUCUAAUGAACCAAAGCUUCUAGAACAUCGCCUCAUGUGUGAAUUUUUUUACAUUUGCAUACAAUUUGCCGCAUUUAAUAAAAAUCUUGGAUAAAUGAGUGAAAUUAUGUGUGUGUAAUCACUCCAAAAAAUAAUGAUGACUCCGAUGAGUGAGGAUGGAGGACCCUUGAGAGAGUGGGCGCCGCUUACCAGUUUGUUACAGCAAAUACCGGUAAAACUGCAAAGUGGAAUAUUCACCCAAGAUAUCAUUUUUACAUGCAUCGAUGUGGUACCAGAAUUUAUUGCUAUUGGAACCAAUUGUGGAUUAGUUUACUGGUAUGAUCGAGCAACUGGCGAUCUUCAAAGGCUUCGAUGUGAAAAUACUUAUGCAAGCAUCACGUGUCUUCGUUUGAUAUCCACAGUAGAUUACAUGGUGGCUGCAGGAAAUAGUCAAGGAAUCGUUACAGUUUUCCAAAUACCAAAAAGCUUGCCAGAAUCAUUACCUGAUAGUUUAAAACCUAAAAGAAAAAAACAAAUUGAAAGAUAUAAUAUUGGAGGACUACAUAGAAGUCCAGUUACUUCAGUUGAAUGGUCAAAAAAUGGUAUGAAAUUAUUUAGUGGAGAUCAAGACGGGUUGGUGGUUUUAACAGAAAUAGAUUUUUACAUGCAUUUAUCAAAAUCAUCAGAACUACUAAAUGAAAAAUAUGCCGUAGUUCAACUUAGUUAUCAACAAGGCUUGCUUUUAGUUUCUACGCUUUUUAGAACUAUUUUAGUUGACCGAAAUCAAAAUAAUAAAGUAUCUCAAGUUGGUCAAAAAGAACGCAAAAGUUUAGGAAAAUUAGGAGCUGUUUUUGCUACUCGUCACACACCAACUCAAGAGCCAAUUAUUUAUGCUAGCAGACCUGGACUUAGGCUUUGGCAAGCAGAUAAAAGUGGAACUGUUUCAAAGACGUUGAUAUUUAAAGAUGCUGUUCAAACUAGUAACACAGAAGUUAUGUUAUUGAAUCCAGCUCCAGAAAGUUUGAAAAAAAAGAGAGGAGAACCAACAUUUGGUGUUCUUUUACCAUUUUGCGAUGAUCUUUUCGUUACAUACAGUGAAGAUUAUAUUCACGUUAUAAAUCCAGUAACAAUUGCAAUUACAUCUGUAGUUUGUGACUUGAGAAAAAUAACAGAUGUAGCGUGUACUCGAGAUGAAAUAUUUGUACUUGAAGGUGAAAGGAAUAUCAUUAGAAUUGCUUAUCAUCCGGAAGCAUGUAAUGUGGAAAUGAGCGAGGAAACGGACAAAACGCAUCCAUCAUUUGUCGAGAUUAGCAAACCGGUAACCGUCAGCUUACUUGGAUUGACAUCGAAACUUAAAGAAAAUUCGAUUGUCUCAACAAUACCAUUUAGCAAGAUUACACCGAGUAAUAUUAUUCAAGCAUUAAGCGCAUUACCAUCACGGGGUGGAGUUGAUCCUAAUCCUGUUGUUAAAGCAGAAGAAGCUACAGAAAUGCCUCCAAUUCUUCCAUUGGAUAUCGACACUCCAUUGAUUACCGAAAUCAAAAUAGAAAUGGAAUAUGGAAUAGAGGAUAAUAAAAAUAGCAACAAUAAUCAUAAUGAUUCAAAGAAAGAUCGGCGUCAGAUAUUCCAAAAAAUUAGUGAACAAGAUUUUGAGGAUGUAGUUUUUACACCGGAAAAAAAGAAUAAAAAAAUUAAUAAAUGUGACGAUGAAAAUAGUACAAUAAACCAAGAUACAUUUUCAAAUGUUAAUUCGAUUCAUGAAACUCAUUCUUCACUUUUAACUCUCAGCAUUGACGAUGGAUCACUUCUGAAGCCUGAAAGAAAUUUAGAGACGCUACAAAAGGAUGUAGAGAAUAAGGAAAAAUUACUUGCUGACGUAUUAAACUUUGAUUUAUCGGAAUAUAUGUCACGAAGCCAAAUUUAUUCGCUAGAUUCAAGCACUAAUAAUUCACUUAAUACUAUCACAUAUGUAAAUUGUACAGAACCUACAAUAGAACCACCAGUAUUGAAUACUGAACAGAAUGAUGUAGCGAGUGAACAUACAGAUGAAUCAGAUGAAGAUGAAAGUUAUAAUAAAAAACCGUGCCAAAAAAAUGGACGUUCAAUGGAGCUGGAAUAUCAAUUUAAUGCCCUCGCGAAAGAAUUCGUCUCCUCAACAGUUUUUGACGAAACAGAUGAUUGGGUGGUUGUUUCAUCCGUUGAAUAAUUUAUCUAGACAUUUUAAGCCUUUCCCUCUGUUCUUAGCACAAUUUUUCGUAUUACUAAAAUUAGUUAAACUGCUUUAAUUAUGAUACUAAUAUUUAUAACUGAUCAUAUAAAUAACAUUGCGUGCAAUAUUAUAAAU